UAGUAUCGAUAGUUGCGAAAAACUAUCCAUGGUUCAUCGUAGUUCCAGACUAACAAUACUAUCGGUAGUCCCAUCGAUAGUUUUCCAGCUCUGCUUUAUCGCACGAGAAACAUAUAAUUACACCUAACUCACUAUUUUUGAUAAGAACAAAGUGAAAGUGAAAUGGAAACAAUAAGCAUUAAAGAACGUUUUCUUGAAGAUAAUACGGACUUCAAAGAAAUCAAGCCUACCCAAGAGUUGACCACAAUCGGUGGAUUCCCAGGCAUCGAUGAGGUGGAAGAUGAAGUUUGGUUUCUGCAAUGCCCGAAAGGAUUUGAUGUUGAAUCAGAAUUGCAAGGCCAAAAAUUUAAAAUUCCUGGUCGUACAAAUUUCAAUUCGUGUGAAGCUGUAGCAGUGGAAUAUGCUGAGCCCGAGACGCGUGCAUUUGGUUAUUGCAAUCGUAAAGGCCGCUAUUCGCUACGUUUAUUGCCAGUAAAGGGCAACAUACUGCUGCGCGGACGUCUGAAGGCAACAGAAGCAGUAACAUUGGAAAAUGCUGAGGCUAUGUGUCCGCCGCAGGGUCGAGUACCAUUUCCGGAAAUGAUCAAGGUCCGCCAUCCUCUGCAUGGUCAUCAAUUCGACAAAAGCAUACGUGUUAACAAGGAUAUCGCGGAACGACUGAAGAAGGCAGAUGAAAUAUCGGCGAAAGUACUAUAUGAUGCUAUUAAAAAUAGGAAUAUUAUAAAAAAUGUAAAUUCUGGUUUGUCCAAAAUGAAACAAAGACCAAAGGCGUUUACAACGAAUGAGCAAAACGCAAUUCAAAUUGAUAGCACUGACGAGGAUGGAGUGUUUGAACGUGAGGAAAAAACAAAGAAAAGAAAAAAGAGCCGGAAGAACUCCGAAAGCAUCGUUACGGGUGAAGAAGAGGGCUUGAAAUCCACAAAUGAAGUCGCUAAGAAACAGAAAAAAUCACACAAAACUAGCAUAGGAGAAGUUUCAAAAGAUUUGCAAUGGCUUCAAAAUAUAUAGCUAUAAUUAAGUCUGUGCAAAAAUAA